UUAAAUUUAAAAUCGACAUGAAAGUCAAAUAUGAAAUUGAAAUCACAAAAUUUAAUUAAAAGUUUGGUUAGGGAAAGACUUUAACGCUAAUUAAAUAAAUAAUUAAUUUGUAAAUAGCUCCAACCUCUAAACCAAUGUCGGCUUAUCAUUCAUGAAAACAUGUCUCGGAACAGUUGGAAUAAACGUGAUCAAGGCUGGAGAAAUAACCGAAACCAAAGACCUCCUGGUCUAAAAGGACGAGAAAUCGGAUUAUAUUAUAGAAAUCUUCAUAAGGAGGCUAAAAAGAAAAGUGAAAAUAGUAUAUCUCUUACAAUACCUCGAUCUGUGGUAACUUCUGUCAAAAACAAUUUGAGACAAAUAUUAUUUAUUGCCAAAGAGCAAGACAUCAAGCUACCAAAUAUUGUUACUUCAUUUUCUCAUAAUGCUACAACAGACAUAACAACAGAAGUUCCUAAUGCUACAGAUGUUAGUAAUGAUCAGAAAUGCAAUGAAUUUAAGUCUCCAUAUCCAGUCACAGAUAUGUUUUCCAAUGUCCCAAGUACAUCAUCUCUUCCAGAUUUUAUACCAAUUUACAGUGAAAAUGAAAUGGACUAUGACUAUAAUGAAAAACAACUCUCACUUAGAAGUUCAAAAUCUUAUAAAUAUGCUUAUGAAGAUAUAAUAACGGGAACAUUUGAUGAAAAACUUGCGGAAAGUUUAUCUAAAGGAAUUGCUAUAAACUUCAAAGAUGAACAUACCAAUGAUCUUAAUGUUUCCUUUCAAGAGGAAUAUAAGGAUAUGAUUACGAAAGAAAAAUAUAAAAAUUUCAUGAAAUUUCGUGAAACAUUACCAACAUAUAAGAAAUCUAAAGAUAUUCUAGAUCUUAUUGACAAUAACCAAGUUAUUGUCAUAAGUGGUGAAACUGGCAGUGGAAAAUCAACGCAGAUACCGCAAAUUAUUUUAGAUGAUGCUAUAAGAAAUGGUAAAGGCGCUAAUGUUAAAAUAAUGGUGACUCAACCUAGGAGAAUAGCUGCAUCUUCUCUUGCAGCUAGAGUUGCUCAGGAGAGGUGUGAUGUUAUGGGGAAUUCUGUAGGCUACUCUGUUAGAUUAGAGAGAAUAGAAGAAAGGGCUCGUGGCAGCAUCCAGUUCUGCACAACAGGGGUGCUGCUUGUCGAACUGGAAGUUCAUCAGGGUCUGACAAAUUGGAGUCAUAUUAUACUAGAUGAAGUACAUGAAAGGGACUGUCAUGUUGAUAUCUCCAUGUGCAUGUUGAAACAGGUUUUAAAAAGGCGACAAGAUUUAAAAUUAAUUUUAAUGAGCGCUACUUUAGAUGCUGAAACAUUAUCACAUUAUUUUAAUGAUUGUCCUGUGAUGAAAAUAGAGGGGAUAGCUUAUCCUGUUAAAGAUGUGUAUCUAGAAGAUAUUUUGGACAUGACAAAGUUUAAACUUCCGGAGAACAACAAUAAACAGCGGAAGCAACCAAAGUUUAAGCGAUAUGUAAACAAACAUAAACAAUCAGAUGAAAUGGAAAAAGACAUUAAAUAUAAAGCAGAAAUCAUUGAUUGGUUAGAAUCAAAGAGACGUGGACUAGAUUACAAUGUUUACAAAACACUGCAAGACUCGAGGAUUGAAGAAUUAAAUCUAGAUCUAGUGCUUGAACUUCUGAAACGUAUUUGCAGAGGAGAUCCCGGAGCUGUAUUGAUAUUCUUAACAGGCAUUGGAGAUAUAUCAAAGUUCCUAAGGUUGAUGAACGAAAGUCAACUAUUCCCAAAGGAACGUUAUGAAAUUUACCCCUUACAUUCAAAACUACCUUCAUUAGAUCAACGUAGAAUAUUCGAAAGGCCACCGAAUAAUGUUAGAAAAAUUAUUGUAGCAACAAAUAUAGCUGAAACUUCAAUAACUAUAGAUGAUAUAGUAUAUGUCAUUGAUUGCGGAAGAAUUAAAUUGAACGGAUUUGAUAUUGAAGAUAAAAUAUCAACGCUUCAGUCCGAGUGGGUGUCUCAAGCUAACUUACGUCAAAGGCGUGGUCGCGCAGGUCGCUGCCAGCCUGGUAUUUGUUACCACAUGAUGACGUCAUACCGUGCCUCCACGUUAUCCGAGCGUCUGCUGCCGGAGUUACAGAGAAGUAACCUGUUAGAACCAGUGCUAACUGUGAAGAGAUUGAGACUUGGAUUGGCAGCUGACGCGUUUAGCAUGAUGCCUUCGCCGCCCGCACCUUCAACUGUACAGUGGGCUGUCAACCAUUUGCAACAGUGUGGUGCCCUGGACGCGCAGGAGACACUAACGCCUCUAGGCUGGCAUUUGGCACGGCUGCCGCUGCACCCUGCGGCCGGCAAGCUGCUGCUGCUGGCCGCGCUCUUCGGCUGCCUCGACCGCGCCGCCAGCGUCGCUGCAGUAUGGAGCUUUAAAGAUCCCUUCCAGCUCGUCAUUGGCAAAGAAGCAGAAGUGGAUGAGGUAAAACGUAACUUUACAUUGGGCGAACCGAGCGACCAUAUUGCUAUAUCAGAGGCAAUAAUACAAUGGGAACGAUGCAGAUCGCGACAGCAUAGACACUCUUUCGCUUACUCAAACUUCUUAUCAAAUAAUACUUUGGAAUUGUUAGCCGAUAUGAAAAAGCAGUUGGGUGACAAUCUGAAACAGAUGGGCUUCCUUACCUCCGGUGACGUCAAAUCUCGCUAUGAGAACAGAAACGCCAACAAUAUGAGCCUCUUCAAAGCGAUCGUGGCCGCAGCGCUUUAUCCUAAUAUAGCUACAGUUAGAUGGACAAAUAUAGAUUCAAGGAAUCGACCCGCACGAAUGAAAGUAUAUACACCUGAAGAAGGUAACAUAUCUCUCCAUCCCAGUAGUGUUAUGGCGUCAGCGAAGAACCCGAGGUCCAAUAAUAGACCGUUGUGUAACCAGCCCGGAGCUAACUGGCUGGUGUACUGGCUUAAACAACGAUCUACCUCACGUUUUCUGCUAGAAGUUACAUUAAUAUAUACUCUACCGCUUCUCUUCUUCGGCGAGUUUGUAGUAAGCGACGAUAAAAAUGAAGACCCAGAUGAAUGUUGUUUUUCAAUAAAGACAGUCAAAGUAAAGGUAAAAAAAGAAGCCGCUGAUAUUUUGCACCAAUUGAGAUCAUUACUAGACUUGGUGUUAGCUCGCAAGGUUACAACAGUUCAAUCCUCAUAUCACAGUAGAUUUGAAGAGGAAGUAAUUGAUGCUGUCAUCAACCUUAUAACGGCAGAAGACGAAGGUGUCGAGUAUAUGGAUGCCGAUAAUUCUGAGUCUGACUCCGAGGACUCGUUUAGAAGUAAAAGAAGAUACUAAAUACAUUUUUAUUUAAAUUUA